GUGGUAUACUGGACCCCACUAGUAUAUUUGUAUGAAUUACACAAUUUAAACCUGCUCUUAUCCUAGAUCUGAUAGAAAAAGAAUGGUGCAUCUUUUGGAAGCAAUCCAUUGAACCACAACACAUCCUGACUGCAUUAUACCCAUGACUCAAACCUCAACCAAACUAUAAAUACCAGAGAUAAAUAGAGACAAGAGAGAGAGAGAGAGAGAGAUUCAGAUCAAAUGGCAGAGACUACUACCACCACAGAAGAACAAACAAACCAACAAGAAAGAGACCCAGAAUGCAAUUCUCUACAUCAGCCACUUCUGAAGCGAAACCGGACACUUUCUUCAAGUCCACUAGCUCUUGUUGGCACCAAAGUUUCGUAUAUCGAAAGCUUGGAUUACGAGAUCAAUGAGAAUGAUCUGUUCAAGCAUGACUGGAGAACCAGAUCACAAGCUCAAGUGUUGCAGUAUGUAUUCUUAAAAUGGUUAUUGGCUUUCCUAGUUGGGCUUUUGACAGGUGUCAUAGCCACUCUCAUCAAUCUUGCAGUAGAGAAUAUUGCAGGAUACAAACUACUGGCUGUAACCCACUACAUAGACAGAAAGAGAUACAUGAUGGGGUUCUUCUUAAUGACCGGGGUUAAUUUCGUAUUGACGCUUAUGUCAACUCUUUUAGUAGUGUUUUUUGCACCUACCGCAGCUGGGCCGGGUAUUCCCGAAAUUAAAGCUUACCUAAAUGGUGUAGACACCCCCAAUAUGUAUGGUGCUUCAACAAUGUUUGUUAAGAUCAUUGGAAGCAUAGGAGCUGUGGCUGCAGGGCUGGACUUAGGGAAAGAAGGGCCUCUGGUUCACAUCGGUGCCUGCAUUGCUUCGUUGUUAGCUCAAGGCGGGCCAGAUAAUCACAGGAUUAGAUGGAAGUGGAUCCGUUACUUCAACAACGAUCGCGAUAGACGAGAUAUCAUAACUUGUGGGGCCUCAUCAGGGGUAUGUGCGGCUUUCCGGUCCCCAGUGGGAGGUGUGUUGUUUGCUCUUGAAGAGGUGGCAACAUGGUGGAGAAGUGCGCUUUUGUGGAGAACGUUUUUCAGCACAGCAGUUGUAGUGGUGGUGCUUAGAGCGUUCAUGGAGUUUUGUAAAUCGGGAGAGUGUGGACUUUUUGGUGAAGGUGGGCUUAUUAUGUUUGACGUAAGUGGCGUUUCGGUUAAUUACCAUCUUGUUGAUCUCAUCCCUGUGACGGUAAUUGGAAUCAUCGGAGGUGUUUUAGGAAGCCUUUACAACUACGCCCUUCACAAGGUCCUUCGUCUAUACAAUCUCAUUAACGAAAAAGGGAAAUUAGCGAAAAUCUUGCUGAGCCUCAGCGUCUCGUUGUUCACCUCAGCAUGCUUGUACGGACUACCAUUCCUUGCCAGUUGUACGCCAUGUGAUCCAUCUGCUCCUCUGGAUACUGAGUGCCCAAGUACAGGAAGAAUGGGGAACUUCAAGAAAUUUAACUGCCCGAAAGGACACUACAACGAUCUAGCCACUCUCCUCCUUACAACCAACGAUGAUGCAGUACGCAACAUCUUCUCCACCAACACUCCCAGUGAAUACCGCGUAUUUUCACUAUUCAUUUUCUUCAUACUUUAUUGCAUAUUGGGACUCUUCACAUUCGGGAUUGCGGUUCCCUCUGGUCUAUUCCUUCCCAUCAUCCUCAUGGGCUCAGCUUACGGCCGCCUGCUCGGUAUGGCAAUGGGACCCUACACGACAAUCGACCAAGGUCUGUUUGCGGUUUUAGGUGCAGCUUCAUUGAUGGCAGGUUCAAUGAGGAUGACAGUUUCGCUUUGCGUAAUAUUUCUUGAGUUGACCAACAAUCUUCUUUUACUCCCGAUAACUAUGCUCGUCCUUCUAAUUUCCAAAAGUGUCGGAGACUGCUUCAACCCAAGUAUCUAUGAGAUAAUACUAGAACUUAAAGGGCUACCGUUCUUGGAAGCGCACCCUGAGCCAUGGAUGAGAAACAUAACCGUUGGUGAAUUAGCCGAUGUUAAGCCGCCAAUGGUCACGUUAAGUGGGAUUGAAAAGGUUGGGCGGAUAGUGGAGGUUUUGAGAAACACGACGCAUAAUGCGUUUGCGGUUGUCGAUAACACCAUGGUGCCCAUGGUGGGUCAGAUGAGUGAAGUCCACGGGCUUGUUUUGAGAGCGCAUCUUUUACUAGUGUUGAAGAAGAAAUGGUUUUUACAGGAGAGAAGGAGAACGGAGGAAUGGGAAGUCAGAGAAAAGUUUACAUGGGUUGAUGUGGCGGAGCGAUGGGGAACGAUCGAAGAGGUGGCGGUUACAAAAGAAGAAAUGGAAAUGUAUGUGGACUUGCAUCCCCUUACCAACACAACGCCUUAUACAGUGGUGGAAACCAUGUCAGUUGCCAAGGCGUUGGUGCAGUUUAGGCAGGUGGGGCUUCGCCACAUGCUAGUAUUACCAAAGUACCACGGCCCUUCGGUGCCACCGGUGGUUGGGAUCUUGACCAGGCAAGACUUGAGAGCCCACAACAUUUUGAGCGCAUUUCCGCAUUUGGAAAAAUCGUACGCCAGUAAAAAGGGACGUUAAAUGUCGAUGUACAAGUCAAAAGGCAGUGUGAAUGGUUCGGAUAAACCGAUAUUGUACUUUGUAUUUCCAAUUUUGUAUUCUUUCAUCAAGUUAAAGAAGGUACACCAUGAAUGUAAAACAGCGACAUCAGGAACAGUUAAAGAUUGCAUUGUUCUGUAAGUUAUAAAUCGAAUAAGUUAUUCUUAUCAAUUAUAAAGACAGUUUAUUUGGCCAAA